UUCUGGCCAUGUCCUCGUCCUCCUUCUUCUCCGCCUGCUCCUCCUCCUGCUUCUUCUUCUUCUGCUGCUGCUGGAUCGUCAUCGUCGUCAUCAGCAACGACGUUCAUCCGUCCGUCCUUUUCCUGUCCACGUGAAGAAGCUGUAGAGGACGACGACGAGGAAGAUUUGGUUCGCCGAGCAGCAGCGCCGGGCCUUCACGUGAACGAAGGCCAAUUCGUUCCUUCCCGGAUUCAGCGUUCGUUCUUUGCUGCCUACUUGUUCGGACUCCGACCCCGCCCUCGGCCUCGGCCUCGUUCUCGUCCAUCGCCCGGUGCUAGGACUGGCUGUGGCGAUGGCGGCCUCCGCUUGCACGAGGCCUUGCCCGCCCGCUGUGUGCGCGGUUUCAUCUUCCUCAUGCUCCGAACGCUCUCGCAGUUGCGUCGUCUCUGUGGCGCAAUUCGGCCCGAGCUAUGAUCGUUGCGACAAUGCAACGCCCCUGGUUUCGGUCCGCUCGCAAUUCCUCGGCCAGAGAAGUGAAUCGUCGUUCGUAGGAAGCCCACGACGGCUUUCGCGCAGCUCCAAAUGUGGCUACUUGAAAGAUGUCCGCGUUGCGGGCAGGGCUGAGGCAAAAGCCAAAGAUGAACCUCUGCGCAUCAUGAUAGCUGGUGCACCCGCCUCAGGAAAGGGCACGCAGUGCGAGCUGAUUGUCGAGAAGUACGGUCUAACACACAUAUCAGCGGGCGAUUUGUUGCGAGCCGAGGUUGCUGCUGGAUCCGAGAAUGGGAACCUGGCCAAAGAAUACAUGACCAAAGGAUUGCUCGUACCCAGUGAGAUAGUUGUGAAGAUGGUCAAAGACAGGCUUGCACAACAAGAUGCUCAAGAAAACGGCUGGCUGCUAGAUGGUUAUCCUAGAAGCGACGAGCAAGCGCAAGCUUUGGAAGUUGCCGGCAUUCGACCCAACCUUUUCAUUCUUCUUGAUGUCGAUGAUGAAAUCUUGAUUCAGAGGGUAAUCAACAGAAGGAUGGACCCUGUAACUGGCAAAAUAUAUCACCUCCUGUAUUCACCCCCGGAGAAUGAGGAGAUUGCAAGUCGACUCACCCAGCGCUUUGACGACACUGAAGAAAAGGCGCGAGUACGACUGUUGACACAUUACAGCAAUGUAGACGCCGUGGUUGGGGUUUACAAGGAUGUGAUGCAACAUGUGGAUGGAAACCGCCCUAAGUUGGAAGUAUUUGCGGAGAUUGAUAAGCUCCUGAUGGAUCUGCAAAAAAAGGAGUCUGAGGAGAGCACUCGGAGGAACUCACCCAGUCUACCGACGACAUCUAAACAGGAUAAUUGGAAAGGUAUACCCACUAAGUUGAAUACAACUCCACAUACACGUGAGAUUCGUGAAUACUUCUACAAGGACGUGUGCAAUGCUACAAAAAGGGCUGUAGAGAACAAAAUAACGAAGUUGAAGGUGAAGAUAGUCAUCCCAGAACUUAAUCCUGAGAUGGAUGUCUACAGGAUCGGAACUUUAUUGGAGCUUAUGAGAGAGCUUGCUUUUACAUUUGUGAAUGAUGGAAAACGUGUUCGAGUGUGUGUGCAAGGGGCAAUGGGAGAAGGCAUAUUUGCAGGUAUGCCUUUGCAGCUUGCCGGAACGAGGCAAAUGUUGGAGCGGAUGGACUGGGGCGAUGAUGAAGUCAUGGGCACUUUCGUCAAUUUUGGUGCCGUCGGUGCGAAAGAAGUCAAACCAGAAGAUGACAUGUUCAUUCUCAUGUGCCCUCAGAAUGCUGUUGGAAACUGCAUCAUCGAUGACCUAAAAGCGAUGGUGGAAGCAGCGGGUGAUCGUCCUGUUAUCAUUCUGAAUCCUAGACUGAAGGAUUUACCUGGCUCCGGAGGAAAUAUGCAGAUAAGAGGAAGAGAAGAGAGGAUGGAGUUCGCAGAUUCAUUUUUUACAUGCUAUCAUUUCCGACUGUUAUAUCAGUCUGGAACUCAGUAUCCCAUUCUUGGAGCUCUGCGGAUGGCUUACCCGAAUCCAUAUGAGAUAUAUAAGAGGGUUGAUUUGAGCAAUCGUAAAGAGGAGUAUAUCCUGCUGGAUACGUUCAAUGAAGAACCUACUCGUUCUGAGAUUGGCGAUGCCUACUAUGGUCGUCCUCGGAAAGACAAAAAUGCUGUCCCAGAAGGCAUUUGGGGGUUUUUCAGCCGAGUUUUGGGCUGAGGAGCAAGAAGAUCAAACAAUUAGCUGACAUUUCAUAACAAGACCACAGUAGAUUUAUGUGUAUCAUACAUGCAAAAGUAAAGUUUUUUAAAUAUCAUCUAGCAAUUACUUUGGCAGAAACGCGUGGAGGCAUUUCACGAGCUGUCUCUGAGCUCCAGUUGAGCUACGCAAUUCAGAAAGAUGUUGCAACACUCAAACCAGAAUUUCCCGACCCAGUUUUAUAAGUUGAUCUUGACAUUUGAUGUUACAAACUUAGACUGGAGCUCUGGAGUCAAAACCCCUGGAGUUGUUUGUGUUGCAAGAAUGACAUUGUUAUUAUAGAUUUAGGCAUAGUUGAUGCCUAAAAUGUGCAACAUCUUAAAACUAUUAGGAAGUGUCGCAAAUAUAUAAACAGUUAAACAAUUAAAUAGAUAAAUAAAUAAA